AUGGCUCGCCAUGGUAUCGUCCAAGAGUAUGCCCCCUCGACGACCUUAAGCCUGGACCAGAAGGCGACGCACGAGCGCCAGAUCUACCAAGUAGCGCGGCCCCAAGGCUACCGAGUAUCAUGGCACGCGAACCCAGCCGUCGAAGCGCAUCAUUUCGGCCAGUCACACCCUAUGAAGCCAUGGCGUCUCACCUUGACCAAGCAGCUGGUGAUGGCCUACGGCAUGCAUCACGCGAUGGAUCUGUACCUGGCGCGAGCAGCGACAUAUGAGGAGAUGGCCGAGUUCCACGAGUCCGACUAUCUCGACUUUCUGCGGCAAGUCAUGCCCGGUGACAUGGAGAAGGCCGACCAGAGUGACAGCUUCGUGCGCUUCAACUUCGGGGACGAUUGCCCCAUCUUCGAUGGGCUGUACAGUUACUGUUCGCUGUAUGCGGGCGGCACUGUAGAUGCCGCGCGCAAGCUCUGCAACGAUCAGUCCGAAAUCGCAAUCAAUUGGUCCGGGGGGUUGCACCACGCCAAGAAAGCCGAGGCAAGCGGCUUCUGCUACGUGAACGAUAUCGUCCUGGGCGUCCUGCAGCUCCUGCGCCAUCACCCGCGCGUCAUGUACAUUGAUAUCGACGUCCACCACGGCGAUGGCGUCGAGCAGGCGUUCUGGUCCACCGACCGCGUCCUCACCGUUUCCUUCCACAAAUACGACAAAGACAAUUUCUUCCCCGGCACCGGCGCCCUCGACGAUACCGGUCCCACCCACCCGCUCAACCCAGGCGCCCACCACUCCAUCAACGUCCCUCUGAACGACGGCAUCGACGACGAUUCCUACAUCCAGCUCUUCAAGGAAGUCAUUGGCGCCUGCAUUAAAACCUACCGCCCCGGCGCUAUCGUCCUACAAUGUGGCGCAGACAGUCUAGGUUGCGACCGACUCGGCUGCUUCAAUCUCAACGUGCGCGCCCAUGGCGCCUGCGUCGCCUUCACCAAGACCUUCGGCCUGCCCCUCCUCGUCGUCGGAGGCGGCGGCUACACCCCGCGCAACGUCUCCCGCGCUUGGGCGCACGAAACCUCGAUCCUCCUCGAGGCGGACCAGGUCAUCGACCAAAAGAUUCCCGAAUCCGUCGCCUUCCGCAACCACUUCGGUCCAGACUAUUCGCUUUUCCCGCCGCUGUCCGAGAUCCGCAAGCUGGAGAAUAAAAAUCCCCGCUCCUACCUUGAAGGCAUCGUCGAGGCCGUUCACGAGCAGCUCCGGUACAUUAAGGGUGCGCCGAGCGUGCAGAUGAGUUUUAUUCCCCCUGAUAUCCUGGGCCUGCGCGAAGAUACGGAAAAGGAAAUCGAGGAAGAAACCGCGCGAUUGGAGGAAGAGCGUGAGGAACAAGAAGGCGGUGGCUCUGCUUCUGCAGCCUCGGCUGCUGCCGCCGCUGCCGCCGGUAUUGUGCCUGGCUCAGCGGGUGCUAUUCCGCGGACGAAUCGCCGGCGGGAUCUCGAGCGGGGGGCUGGAUACAAGGGAGAGUUGUAUUCAUGA